GUGGGGACUUGGAGGGUCUGCCGGCGCCGGAGGAGGGAGCCUGCGGGGCAGCUCUGCCUCCCCUCCCUGGCGCUCCCUGCCCCCACCCCGCCGCCGCCGCCUUCCCUUCCUCCAAUUCGGAGAACGUCGGGCGCCUGUGACAUGCGUUCGCUGCCAAGUGACGGUACCCGAGUCUGAAGUGCCCGCGAGGGAGUGAGCGCCGAGGCGGGCCGCCGGGGAUGACAGCCAUGAAGCAGGAGCAGCAGCCGGCCCCGGGGGCCCGGGCGAGCCCCGCGCCGCCGGCGGACCAGGAACUUGGAAGUAACAGCCCUCCACAGAGAAACUGGAAGGGAAUUGCUAUUGCCCUGCUGGUGAUUUUAGUUGUAUGCUCACUCAUCACUAUGUCAGUCAUCCUCUUAACCCCAGAUGAACUUACAAAUUCAUCAGAAACCAGAUUGUCUUUAGAAGACCUCUUCAGGAAAGACUUUGUGCUUCAUGAUCCAGACGCUCGAUGGAUCAAUGAUACAGAUGUGGUGUAUAAAAGCGAGAAUGGACAUGUCAUUCAACUGAAUAUAGAAACAAAUGCUACCACGUUAUUAUUGGAAAACACAACUUUUGUAACCUUCAAAGCAUCUAGAUAUUCAGUUUCACCAGAUUUAAAAUAUGUUCUUCUGGCAUAUGAUGUCAAACAGAUUUUUCAUUAUUCAUAUACUGCUUCAUAUGUGAUUUACAACAUACAUACUAGGGAAGUUUGGGAGUUAAAUCCUCCUGAAGUAGAGGACUCCAUCUUGCAGUAUGCAGCCUGGGGUGUCCAGGGGCAGCAGCUGAUUUAUAUUUUUGAAAAUAAUAUCUACUAUCAACCUGAUAUAAAAAGCAGUUCAUUACGACUGACAUCUUCUGGAAAAGAAGGAAUUAUUUUUAAUGGCAUUGCUGACUGGUUAUAUGAAGAGGAACUCCUGCAUUCUCACAUUGCCCACUGGUGGUCACCAGAUGGAGAAAGGCUUGCCUUCCUGAUGAUAAAUGAUUCGCUGGUGCCUAACAUGGUUAUCCCUCAGUUUACUGGAGCGUUGUACCCCAAAGGAAAGCAGUACCCAUAUCCUAAGGCAGGUCAAGUGAACCCUACAAUCAAAUUAUACGUUGUAAACCUAUAUGGACCAACUCAUACUUUGGAACUAAUGCCACCUGACAGCUUUAAAGUGAGAGAAUACUAUAUCACUAUGGUUAAAUGGGUAAGCAAUACCAAGACAGUGGUCAGAUGGCUAAACCGACCUCAGAACAUCUCCAUCCUCACAGUCUGUGAGACCACUACUGGUGCUUGCAGUAGAAAAUAUGAGAUGACAUCAGAUACAUGGCUCUCCAAACAGAAUGAGGAGCCUGUGUUUUCCAGAGAUGGCAGCAAAUUCUUUAUGACAGUUCCUGUUAAGCAAGGGGGCCGUGGAGAGUUUUAUCACAUAGCUAUGUUCCUCGUCCAGAGUAAAAGUGAGCAAAUCACCGUGCGGCAUCUGACAUCAGGAAACUGGGAAGUAAUAAAGCUCUUGGCAUAUGAUGAAACUACUCAAACAAUUUACUUUCUGAGCACUGAAUCUUCUCCCAGAGGGAGACAGCUGUACAGUGCUUCAACUGAAGGAUUAUUGAAUCGUCAAUGUAUUUCAUGUAAUUUUAUGAAAGAACGAUGUACAUAUUUUGGUGCCAGUUUUAGUCCCAUGAAUCAACAUUUCUUAUUACUCUGUAAAGGUCCAGGCAUCCCAGUGGUCAGUCUUCAUAGCACAAACAACCCAGCAAAUUAUUUUAUAUUGGAAAACAAUUCUGUGCUGAAGGAAGCAAUCCUGAAGAAGAAGACAGUAAAGUCAGAAAUCAAAAUGCUUCAUAUUGAUGACUACGAACUUCCUUUACAGUUGUCCUUUCCAAAAGAUUUUACGGACCGAAACCAGUAUGCCCUUCUGUUAAUAAUGGAUGAAGAGCCAGGGGGCCAGCUCGUGACAGAGAAGUUCCAUAUGGACUGGGACUCAGUACUUGUUGACACAGAUAAUGUCAUCAUAGCACGAUUUGAUGGCAGAGGAAGUGGAUUCCAGGGCCUGAAAAUUUUGCAGGCGAUACAUCGAAAGUUAGGUUCGGUGGAAGUAAAGGACCAAAUAGCAGCUGUGAAAUUUUUACUGAAACAACCAUACAUUGACCCCAAAAGACUAAGCAUUUUUGGAAAGGGGUAUGGUGGCUAUGUUGCAUCAAUGAUCUUAAAAUCAGAUGAAAACCUUUUUAAAUGUGGAUCAGUGAUCGCACCCAUCACAGACCUGAAGUUGUAUGCCUCAGCUUUCUCUGAGAGAUACCUCGGUAUGCCAUCUAAGGAGGAAAGCACAUACCAGGCAUGCAGUGUGCUACAUAAUAUUCAUGGCUUAAAAGAAGAAAAUAUAUUAAUAAUUCAUGGGACUGCUGACACAAAAGUUCAUUUCCAGCAUUCAGCAGAAUUAAUCAAACACAUAAUAAGAGCUGGAGUGAAUUAUACAUUGCAGGUGUACCCAGAUGAAGGUCAUAACGUAUCUGAGAAGAGCAAAUAUCAUCUCUACAGCACAAUCCUCAGAUUCUUCAGUGAUUGUUUAAAGGAAGAAAUACCCGUGUUACCACAGGAACCAGAAGAAGAUGAAUAAUGGACCCUAUUUAUAUAGAACUGAAGGGGAUAUUGAGGCUCAAUGAAACCUAACCAAGAGACUGUAAUGUUGUACAUGCUCCAGAAUUUCAAGGGCAGCUUAAGAAGAUGACACUGGGACAGCACACUCAGAGACAAAGAACUAGAAUUCGAAUUCGAAAGUCCAAGUCUACUGUGUUGCCAAGGGUGCAGAACCUGCUUCUUUAUGUAAGGACAGUCAAAGGGUUGGGUUCCUGGGAGAAAUUAGUUUUGCAUUAAAGUAGAAGUAGUGCAUGUUUUCUUCUGUUUUCCCCCUAUUUGUUCUGUAACUAGUUGCUCUCAUUUUAAUUUCACUGGCCACCGUCAUCUCUGCAUAUAAUACACAACUUAUCAGAACCAUGGUCCCUGAUCUUUGAUGGCUAAGCUGCAAUCUAACACUUUACUGUACCUUUACAAUAAGUGCAAUUCCUUCAUUGUCUAUUAUGCUUAAGAAAAUAUUCAGUUAAUAAAAAAAGUUUUUUAUGUAAUUUCUGUUCAUAAAAAGACAUUAUUAAGUGGGUCAGAGGUCAUGUAGAAAUAUGAAUUUCAGCACCUUCCAACGUUCAGCCAGUUAUCAGUAGAUACAAUAUCUUUAAAUCAAUACACGAGUGUAUGUCUCACAAUACAUAUAUAUAUAUGUAUACACACGUGUGCAUAUACAGUCAGUAAAUCUAUCUUUACAUGUUAUUCAUGCUACAAAGGAGAAACUUUGAUGAACUAGAAAAGAUGCGCUUUUACAGGCUACAGUGGAUGCAUUGUUUAAUGAGCCAAACAUGAUGAAACAUUUUUUCAAAUUCAAAUUCUAGCUAUUGCUUUCCUAUAAAUGUUUGAGUUGUGUUUGGUAUCGUUUUUAGUGGUUAAUAGUUUUCUAGUUGCAGUUAAAUUUUUUGAAUAUGAUACCAUGUCACAUGUAAAUUAGAUACUUAUAUAUUAAAUUAUAGUUUCUGAUAAAGAAAUUUGGUUAACAAUGCAAAGCUACUGAGUGCUCUUUUGGUGGAGAGGCUUUUUUAAAAACACUUCGUCCUUUCACUUCUUUCUUUCAAUGCAGAAUCAAUUCUUCUUUUCAUUGUAAAAGCGAAGAGUUAGAUUAUUUCAUUUGCCAGUUCCUAUUUAGUAUUCUGUGCCUGCCCAAUUCAUCUGUUACUGUUUAAUUUAAAUCCUUCUGCUGAGUAUUGGAAAUGAAGUAUUUUAUAUUCAUUGUCCAAAAAGUUCACAAAUGGCAGUGUUUACUAUUUAAUUUGAAUUGAAGGCACAAAAUGCAUUAAUUCUUGUACUGUGUUGACUUGCAGAAGUAAGUAACUAAGAAUGUAAAAUAAACUUGACUGUAUGAAGUCAACUUAAAUCAUGGGAAUAUUAACUUUGGUGACUAAAGUCAAAGAGCAUCUUCUUACUUCACAUAAGGGAAUCUUCCACAAGUUGUCUGAAAGUGUGUAAUCAGGCUUAGAAAUUCAGAUAAAUCUAGGCAGCAUACUGUGUUUCUGUGGUUUUUAAAUAUUCCUUAGGACAGGCUGGACAUUGGAAUACCAUUAGGAAACUUAAAAAUGUUACAGAAUUGAUCAUUUUUGUUGACAGAUCAACCUGAAUAUCUAGGUAUUUGAAAAUGUCCAAGUCAUUCUUUGUAUAUUCUACUUUUCUUCUGGAUACUUUAGAAUUAUGUCUUCACUGUUCUGUUGGAUUCAAUCUAAAAUGGGAAAGGUUCCCUUUUUCUGAAAGACCCAUUUCAGGUCUUUUAUGAGAACAGUAACCACAUUUCAAAAAAAAAUAAGUUGUAAUGUUUAAAAGGAAAGUUUUGCCUACUUUAUUAAGAUGGAAAUUUCUUUUUAGGCUGAUUUGAAGUCCAACUGAAGCUUUUUAAUCAAUAUUUUAAAUUUCAACCACUAGAGUUUUUUAUGAUGCAAAUAAUUAUGUUGUCUGAAAGAUGUGGUUUUAUUGAAUGUUAAUUUGAGCAACAUUUAAAAAGUAUUU